AUGGGCUUCUUUCGCGACUUUGCCGACUCAUUCCGCCUGGAGCCCGCGCCGGUGCCGAUCCGCGUGCUGGAUGCGCCGCCGAAUGUGACCGGCGGCUCCGAGAACGGCGCGGGCGCAGCCGAUCUGAAGGACACAGACUAUGAGAAGGCGAUCGACCCAGAGAAAGGUACCGUCGGUGGUGUUGUCGCGGUCAAUGCCGACGGCAGCGGUACGCGCGUCACGUCUGACGAGAGCGGCCUCAAGCGCAACCUCACCCAGAGGCACAUGCAGAUGAUCGCCUUUGGUGGCUCCAUCGGCACUGGUCUCUUUGUUGGCUCCGGCGGCGUGUAUGCCACCGGUGGCCCCGGCUUCCUGCUGCUCGACUACACCCUGAUCGGGGUCAUGCUCUUCUGCGUCGUCAUGUCGCUUGGUGAACUGGCAACGGUCUUCCCCGUCUCUGGUUCUUUUGCCGCUUACAACACUCGCUUCAUCUCUUCCUCGUAUGGUUUCGCCAUGGGCUGGAACUACUGGAUGCAGUGGUUCAUCGUCCUACCGCUGGAGCUUGUCGCCGCGUCGAUCGUGAUCGAGUAUUGGGACCCGAACAAAAACAUUUCGCCCGGUGUCUGGUUGAUCAUCUUCCUCAUUGCCAUCACCAUCAUCAACCUGUUCGGCGUUCGCGGAUACGGUGAAUUCGAAUUUGGCUCGAGCAUGAUCAAGAUCAUCGCCGUCAUCGGCUUCAUCAUCGCUGGCAUCGUCAUCACCGCUGGCGGCGCCCCCAACGGCGUCGCAACGGGCGACUCGUUCUGGCACACGCCUUCCGGUGCCUUCUUCAAUGGUUUCCAGGGCUUCUGUAGUGUCUUUGUCGCCGCCGCGUUCGCUUUUGCCGGAACCGAGCUGAUCGGCCUUGCCGCAGCCGAGACAGGCAACCCGCGGAAGGAAGUUCCCAAGGCUGCAAAGCAGAUCUUCAUGCGUAUCCUACUCUUCUACGUCCUCGCUCUGCUCAUGAUCACGCUCACUGUUAACCCGACCGAUCCUCGUCUGCUCGGUGGGUCGUCGAGCUACGAUGCGCGCGCCUCGCCAUUCGUAAUCGCCAUCACCAACGCCCAGAUCACGGGUCUGCCGUCCGUCUUCAACGCAGUCAUCCUCAUCUCAGUUUUGUCCGUAGGUAACUCGGCUGUGUACGCCGCGUCGCGCACGCUCCUCGGGCUCGCGCAGGCCGGCCAGGCGCCGCGCAUCUUCACAUACAUUGACCGUCAGGGCCGCCCGCUGCCAGCCGUUGCGCUGUCGAUGGCCAUGGGCUUCCUCUCGUUCCUCGUCUACAGCACGUCCACAACGACGGUGUUCAACUGGCUCCUCGCCCUCUCGGGUCUCUCUACCGUCUUCUCGUGGGGCUCCAUCUGCGUCUGCCACAUUCGUUUCAGGCUCGCCUGGGCGCGCGCCGGUCACACGCUUGAGGAGCUGCCGUGGAAGUCGCCGCUUGGUGUCGCUGGCUCAUGGUACGGCAGCAUCUUCUGCCUUUUGGUUGUCAUCUUCCAGGCCAUCAUCGCUGCCUGGCCGAUCGAAAGCUCAAACCCCGAUGAGCGCCUUUCACCGGGCGACCGCGCCAGUAACUUCUUCCAGAGCUUCCUCGCCUUCCCAGUCGUCUGCAUCUUCUGGAUCAUCGGCGAGAUAUACUGGAAGGGGGGCUUGCUGCGAAUUGACGACAUUGACAUUGUCACUGGUCGUCGCGAUCCGGUCCCUGUCGAGGUGCUCAGGCGCGAGAGGGAGGAGGCGAAGAACGCGCCGCUCUACAAGAAGGUCUGGAAUUUCUUCUUCUGA